AUGAAACUGAUGGUGAAACAAGAUCUUCCCGAAGAAGCUAGUCUCCAUCCAGAGCUCUAUGGCUUACGGAGGUCCAACAGAGGAAGAAAUGAAAUGUCACUUGCUGAAAGUGAUCUAAGUGACAAUGAUGAUGAAUAUUCUUCAAAUAGAAAAGUAAAAAUGGAACAACAAUAUGAGUAUGAAGAUGGUAAUGAUUUGGACGAUGGAACUGAAGAUUUUAUGGACGACUACGAUGACGAUGAUUAUAACGUGAGUUCGAAAAAGAGAAAGUCUAAUCAAAAGAAGCCGAAAGCCACCCUUAAAAAUUCUAAUAAGGCGAAGAGCUUGAACGGAACCCCUGCAGAAGUUCGUUUCUCCGCUAGAAAUAAUAGACAAAUAAAUUAUGCUGUAGACGAUCAGGACGACGAAGAUUUACUUGAAAGCGAAGGUGACAUAGACGCAGAGGACUAUUAUUAUUACGAUUCUGUUGAGCCUGAAAAUGAAAGGGCUAUAGAUGUUGUUUUAGAUCAUAAGCUUAAUGAAGAAAACUCAGAGCUCACAAACGAACCAAAGUGGGAUUACCUUUUCAAGAUUAAAUGGACAAAUGCUUCUCAUUUGCAUAAUACGUGGGAGAUGUGGUCAAACUUGAAGAACGUAAAAGGUUUUAGAAAAGUUGAGAACUACAUUAAACAAUUUAUUAAUGCUGAUCAGGAAAUUAGAAAUGAUCCAUUGACGACAAAAGAAGAUAUAGAAGCGAUGGCUAUAGAGCGUGAAAGGCGGCGAGAUGAGCAAGAAGAGUAUACACAAGUUGAAAGAAUUGUUGAUAGCGACAGAGUUGAAGUAGACGGACAGAGUCAAUUGCAGUAUUUUUGCAAAUGGAAAAGGCUAUACUACGAUGAGUGCUCUUGGGAAAAUGCGGAAGAAAUAGCUAAGAUGGCACCGGAGCAGGUCGCUAAGUAUCAACAGAGGCUAAAUUCUAAAAUCCUUCCUAACUUGUCGGCAAAUUAUCCUUUAUCGCAAAGACCUCGAUUCGAGAAAUUGGUCAAGCAACCCAUAUUCAUAAAAAAUGGUGAAUUAAGGGAUUUUCAAUUAACAGGGUUGAAUUGGAUGGCCUUUUUGUGGUCGAGGAAUGAGAACGGUAUUCUUGCAGAUGAAAUGGGUCUAGGUAAAACUGUUCAAACGGUCUCAUUUCUCUCGUGGUUAAUCUAUGCUAGGAGACAAAAUGGCCCCCACCUAGUUGUGGUUCCGUUGUCAACUGUACCGGCGUGGCAAGAGACCUUUGAAAGAUGGGCGCCUGAUGUCAAUUGCGUUUACUAUUUGGGAAAUACAGAAGCAAGGAGAACUAUCAGAGACUAUGAACUUUACAAUAAUAAUAAUAAGCCGAAAUUCAAUGUACUUUUGACGACAUAUGAAUAUAUUUUAAAAGAUCGAGCAGAAUUAGGUUCUAUAAAGUGGCAGUUUUUGGCAGUUGAUGAGGCACAUAGAUUGAAAAAUGCAGAAUCAUCCUUAUAUGAUUCGUUGAAGCUGUUCAAAGUUUCUAAUAGACUUUUAAUCACUGGUACACCAUUACAAAACAACAUUAAGGAGUUGGCUGCGUUAUGUAACUUUUUAAUGCCAGGAAAGUUUAGCAUAGAACAAGAAAUCGACUUUGAAACCCCUGAUGAUCAACAGGAGCAAUAUAUCAAAGACCUUCAAAAGAAAAUUCAACCAGUUAUUUUGAGGAGGCUUAAAAAAGAUGUUGAAAAAUCUCUUCCGUCAAAAACAGAACGGAUUUUAAGAGUUGAACUCUCAGAAGUACAGACAGAGUAUUAUAGAAAUAUUAUAACAAAGAACUAUACAGCGUUGAAUGCCGGAAAUAAGGGCUCUCAGAUCUCAUUGUUGAAUGUUAUGAGUGAACUUAAAAAGGCAUCGAACCAUCCAUACUUGUUUGAUGGGGCUGAAGAUAAAUUUUUAACCAAAGCUGGCUCUAAAACGAGAGAUACUAUUUUAAAAGGUCUUAUAAUGUCAUCAGGAAAAAUGGUAUUGUUGGAACAGUUAUUGACUAGAUUGAAAAAAGAAGGUCAUCGAGUUUUGAUAUUUUCUCAAAUGGUUCGUAUGUUAGACAUUUUGGGAGAUUAUUUGUCAAUUAAAGGGUUGCCAUUUCAAAGAUUAGAUGGUGGAGUUCCAUCUGCUCAAAGAAGAAUAUCUAUUGACCACUUCAAUGCACCUGACUCAAAGGAUUUCGUAUUCUUAUUAUCAACCAGAGCUGGUGGACUCGGUAUCAAUUUGAUGACUGCUGAUACUGUUAUUAUAUUCGAUUCGGAUUGGAACCCACAAGCUGAUCUUCAAGCUAUGGCUAGAGCCCAUAGAAUCGGCCAAAAAAAUCAUGUGUCUGUUUACAGAUUUGUGAGUAAGGAUACAGUUGAGGAGCAGAUUUUAGAAAGGGCUAGGAAGAAGAUGAUAUUAGAAUACGCUAUCAUAUCAUUGGGAAUAACUGAUCCGAAUAAGCGAACUAAAGUAGAGCCCUCGGCUAAUGAAUUAACUCAGAUUUUGAAGUUUGGUGCUGGAAACAUGUUUAAACCAAAUGAUAAUCAACAGAAGUUAGAGGACUUGAAUUUGGAUGAAGUUUUAAAUCAUGCGGAAGAUCAUGUAACAACACCAGAUUUAGGAGAAUCAAACUUAGGAUCUGAAGAGUUUUUGAAGCAGUUUGAGGUUACUGACUAUAAGGCUGACGUCGAGUGGGACGAUAUUAUCCCUCAGGAAGAACUUGCUAAAUUGAAGGACGAAGAGAAGAAAAAAGCAGAUGAAGACUUCUUGAAAGAACAAAUAGCCAUGUACUCUAGACGAAAUGCGGCGUCAAAAAAGAAAGAAACAUCAACGGAGGAUUUGUCUGAUGAUGAUAUUGAGGAGGAUCCGAAACCCAAGUCCAAGAAAAAAGUUACCAGUGACCAUCAAUUAUCUGAAAAAGAGAUCAGGGGAAUAUACAGGUCCAUUUUAAGGCUAGGAGAUCUCUCCGGAAAGUGGGAGCAGCUCGUCGAAGAUGGAAGUAUAAGUAAUAAGAAUCCUGUCUUGAUCAAGCACGCGUACAAUGAAAUAAUUAGCACUUCCAGGCACUUAGUGAAAGAGGAAGACGCGAGAAGAUCGAAAGUUUUGGCUGAAUUGGAGAGAAAGGCGAUGCAACUGAAAGACAAAAGUGUUGUACGGGAUGAUGGUUCGAGCCCAAUGGCUCUUUGGGUUGCUAAAAAGAAGGAAAAGAGAGCUGUAUUAUUUGAAUAUCAUGGUGUUAAAAACAUAAAUGCUGAAUUGGUUUUAGCAAGGCCACAAGAUAUGAAAUUAUUGGAGUCGUUGAUUCCCAAGCUGAAACCCACUUCUUUUGUUCUUCCAAAACAACCCAAACCUGUCAAAGAUUGGAGUUGUGAAUGGAAUGACAAGGACGAUGCUAUGCUUUUAGUAGGUAUUUUCAAAUUCGGGUAUGGCUCUUGGAUUCAAAUUAGGGACGACCCGCUUCUAGGAUUACAAAACAAGUUGUUUUUAGAAAGCACUGGUAAGGAGUCUAAGGAGGAUAAGGCAUCAAAAAAGGUACCUGGUUCUGUCCAUCUUGGUAGAAGAGUCGAUUAUCUAUUUAGUUUAUUGAAAGGAGAUGAUAACUCAAUACUGUCUCAUGUUGGAACCGAAGCAAAAGCACCAAAAAAGAGAACAAAAAAGAUCAAGACAGAUACGCCAACUCCUGGUGUCAAGGCAAAGAAGCUGACAAAAACACUGUCCCCAGAGCUUACGAAAAGAUCUAAGGUCAAGAAUGGACUUAACAACGGUAAUAAGAAGCACAAUUCCCCAGUCCCGACCUCUCACGCUUCUCCUAAAGUUGACAGUGCAGCCUCUCACUCGUUAGAUGGAGGCUUAAAGUCAGAGAAUGAUCUCGAAUAUGAAAGUAUGGACGAAUCUCAAUGCAAGUCAACAUUGAAGCCUGUCUCCAAAUCUUUGAUGAAGCUACAUAAGGGUAAUAAAGGCUUAGAUAAACACGAGUGGGCCACGACUCUUAGAAAGGAAUUGCUUGAUAUUGGUGACUACAUCCUGCAAACUGUGAAGGCAGAAAACAACUCUGAGAGGCUCAAGAAGCACUUAUGGUCAUAUGCAAGCUUGUACUGGCCUGCUAAAGUGCCCAGUCGUAAAAUCAAUGAAAUGUAUAUUAGGAUCAAGGGACAACAAAAAGACGCCAAGAAGUCUUGA